GACCCAUCAUGUCCUUAUCCAAAGGCUUAUAUGUUUGUGUCGCAAUCUCAGCCACAGUUACAGCAUGGUAUUAUCCUCGAUGGAGAGACUCGAAGAUUCGUGCACAGCUUCCGGUCGAUAUCGACACCUGGCGCUUCCCGGGAAAGAACCGCGAGGCAGAAGAACGCGUAUGGAUGGUGUUUGCACCAGUCUUGGCCCGCUAUGGUUUGGUGUCGUGGGCAUGUUUCGAACAUAGCAUACAGCACCCACCAGACGGCGAAUAUCCACGAUACAAUGGUUACCGCCACAUUCCAGUUUUCGACGCCCAGAGAGGAGGUCCUCUAAAAGCUUUCCAGAGGUGGCAGUAUGUGAAUCCUGUGAACCGAGCUGUGAGGAGCCACGACGGCCAAGAUUUUAUAUGUCGGGUGAUAGUUGUCAAGGGACACGGUUCGAAUGCUCUUCAAGCUCUGCGACGCCUCGCCACUGGCCUUAACGCGUUUCGUUCUGAUAAUCACGUCCUGCCUAUGCUGCGUGAAAUUCACUUCCAAGACAUCACCUGUGGAUUAUUCCCCAUCACAGGCGAGUCCAUGGCGGAAUCAUUCGGUCCUGAUCGUACUCGAUAUAUUCAGAAUAGUGUUGGUGAUCUUCUGGACAUGUUCAUCCAGGCAUUUGAGGCUCUGGUAUUCAUUCAUGCGGAAAAGGUUGCCCAUCGUGAUGCGUUCUACGACAACUUUCUCGUCCAGUGGCGUCCACAAUCAAUUCGAGCCCAACAGAUUCCAUGCAGUCGACCUCGCGUUUAUCUUAUUGACUUCGAGACCGCCAUUUGCUUUCCAGAAGAUUCUGUUAACGAAGAUUGCACCUGUAUUGGACAUCCCUUUGGUAACAUUGACAAUUACGCACGUCCUACAAUUCGAGCAGUGGGUGAAGGAAAGCCAUACAAUCCAUUCAUCCUUGAUGUUUGGCAGUUAUCAUACCAUCUCGCGUUUCUUGAGACCUCGAUACCAGAGCUCGAUGAGGUGCUUCUAGGACUACGUGCUCGUCGUACAGCAUCAGAGGUACUCAAGUGUCUCGCGGGUGCUGUAGCGUCCCUGACUCCUGAGAUGUUGCAUGUUUCCCCCACAUAUCGAGAUCAAGUUGGCGGUCGUCCCUUUUACAUCGUCUGAUCUAUAAUAUUACUGCCUGGAAUUAUGUUUGACGAAUCUGUGGCUCAAGUAUUUGAUGCCCUCUUGAUAUUCUAUCCUCUCCUGCAGUAGCACGGUGUAAUUUACGAGCUGUCCCGUUCUCUCAGUGAUA